UCACUGGCAGCUCAUGAUGUGGUGGUCGUCACCACAAACUAUAGGCUCGGAGUCUUUGGCUUUUUAUAUGGCGGUGAAGACACAGCCCCCGGAAAUGUAGGCCUUUUUGAUCAACAAAUGGCACUCAAAUGGGUGAGAGACAAUAUCCAUGCAUUUGGUGGGGAUAGGGAUCAGAUUACUAUAUUUGGUGAGAGCGCCGGUAGUGUGUCCGUAUCGACACACAUUCUCUCUCCCCAAUCAAAGGGCUUAUUCAAGAGGGCUAUUAUGGAAAGCGGGGCCCUUAUGUUCAAUAGGGACAGACCUCCUGUCGGUAGCGAUGAGGGACUAUUUAACGCUAAAAAAUUUGCUAAACUUUUGAAUUGUACUGAAAGUAACCCGAAAUGGUUGGACUGCCUCAGGGGUGUCAGUGCACAGGCACUCAUAGAUGUAAACCCAGGUUAUACUGUUGAGAAUCCAGUAUUUGGUACUGAGUUUUUACCCCUUAAUACACGCCAGGCCUUUGAUAGCUAUCAUUAUAAUAGAGACAUCGAUGUGAUGGCUGGCCUCACUCAAAACGAGGGCCCAUGGGUUGCAUUAUUUUUCUAUAACCAGACUCAUGAUCCACACUUUGACCUGGAUACAUUAAAAGCAUUGGUCACUAUGCUUAGUGAGACUUUUCAUAACAUAAAUGUGGACAAAGUGUUGGAGUAUUACACCAAAAAUAUAGACACCAAAAACCCGGAUGCCUUGAAAAAAGCAUUUUUUGAAUUUGAUGGCGACAUACAGAUUAAAUGUCCGACCUAUCACUUCAUCAAACAAUUUGCGAAGGGUUUGAAUACCAGUGCCGAUGAUGGGAAUGGUGUCUAUUUGUAUGAAUGGACGUAUCAGAGUAUGAACUUUGAAAAGUCGUCGGGUUGUCGGAGCAGUGUUGAAGGUAUCUGUCAUAUGGCGGAACUGGAGUUUGUUUUUGGGGAUUACGUGAGAGCACCGACACCCCUCACUACAAAACUGGACAUUGAGUUUAGUUUGGAAACUAUAAAAAUAUGGACUGAUUUUGCAAAAUACGGUACUCCAAAUGCAAGCACUUUGUGGCCUAAAGUAACGAUUGAUAGACAGACGGAUAGUUUGGCAAAUGUUAAGGACAUGAAUCCUAAUAACAUGACAAACAUAUUGAUGAAUCCAUUUGAGAAUCCGUGUGAUCUGUUUUGGAAACAAUAUUUU